GUUAUUUCGGUCGCUUUGUUGAAUCCUCGGCUUCUCCACGGCUCCACCAUCUUUUUUUUUUGAGGAACUCCACCAUCUGCUGAUCUGCAUGUGUGCAUUACGUUUGUUUGGAGGCUAGCUAGCAUGGGCCGCUCGGGGCUCAACACCAAGGCAUCCUCAGGAUCCACCUACAUUCCAUGGAAUAAGGUGACGGAAACAGUCCCCCAAGGAGUCCAGGUGCUUAUGUGUUUUUGUGGAUCUUUGUGCAAACUAAUGAAAUCAAGGGUUUUGGGGGACGACUUUGGCAAGAGAUUCUUCAUGUGCGAGAAUUACGAGUACGACCCGCCCAAGCAUUACGGCAAGGACCGAGCAAAGACUCCACCGCCUCUAUGUGAUUUCGUGCAGUGGUUAGACACCGAGCAAUCUCAGCAGGAUAAGGACCACGUGGAGCGUCAAGUAAGGUGGGCUGCACAAAGGUGGCAACGAAUGCUGCAUGAAGAACAGAUGGAGGAGAAGCGCAAGAAAACCAGAAAAAGAUUCAAAAGAACAGAUAAUAGCAUUACGGAUGCUAUUAUCUUGAUUUUCUUUUCUGCAAUCCCAUCUGGUCAACCAUUAACAGACCAUCAAGCAAAACACAGAACAAUUCAAAUAAAGCUUUGAAAAUAUCGAUAUA